AUGACAGCGGCUUACGAUCCUCUACUGCGGCGGCGCCACCUCUUUGCGGCGUUGCUGCUGCUAUCAUGCUCGGAGACGGCACUGUCUGCUCGGCAGUGCGCCGACUGCGGCUCUUCUCCGGUGCCUUACCCGCUCAGCACGGGCCCGGAUUGCGGCGACCCCUCGUACAAGGUUCGCUGCAACAACGGCGCGCUAAUGUUCGAUACGCUCAACAACACAUAUCCGAUCACCUCUAUUACCCCGGAGACGCAGCGCCUGACGAUCUCGCCGUCGCCGCUAAUUCCCGACACCUGCGUGACGGCGGACAUCUCAACGGGCGGCAUUUAUCUCGACUCCUCGUCGCCGUUCAACAUCACUAGUAGCAAUACCAUUCUGUACAUUAACUGUACGGAAGAUCUGCUGGAGUCGCCCCUCAACUGCACCGCCUCCAGCCUCUGCCAUGCCUACAUCGAUGCUAGCGGUCUGGGCGCGUGCUCCCACGCUCCGAUCUGCUGCAGUUUCAAAGCCGGCGGGUCGUCCACGGCCCACAAGCUGCGCGUGAGGAGCAAGGGUUGUAGCGCGUACCGGAGCUUUGUAAACCUGGAUGAGUCUUUGCCGGUAAGGCGGUGGCCACAACCCGCACUGGAAUUUCAGUGGGUGUCGCCGCCGAAGCCUCUGUGUGGGUCCCAAUCAGAUGAUUGUAGUGCUAGCCCUGCUUAA